GUUGACUUAAUUCACUGGAACAAAAAAACUUCUUGGCAGUUGUGUUGAUUACAUCCUUCUUAUACAAUGCACACCUAUUUCUCGUAUAAUUUUUAAGAUUUUAAAAUAUUAUACGUACGUAAACAACUUGGAGCUUCUUACGAUUCACUAAUGGACAUCACUAAAAGAAAGGGCAAAAUACUAUUAUUGUUCUUUAUGCUGAUUAUGCUUUGGUUUCAGAUGCCGUCACAAGCUCAAGAUGAUUUACCGUACAAGGAGAUCCCAGUGGGAGUGAUUCUAGAGAUGGAAUCAAUGAUUGGAAAGAGCGUUCAUAGCAGCAUCUCUAUGGCAGUAUCUGAUUUUUACAUGGCUAACAGUCACUACAAAACAAGGAUAGUUAUUCACAAUAGGGACAGCCAUGGAGAAUCACUGCAUGCUGUAUCUGCUGCUCUUGAUCUUCUGAAUAAAUCAAAAGUGCAAGCAAUCAUAGGCUCAGAGUCAACAGCCGAUACAAAGUUUCUUUCUGUAUUGGCGGAUGAAGCUAGAAUACCCAUCCUUUCACUCUCACCGGCUCCUUCUUCCAACAAGUACCGUUAUUUCCAGCAGAUUACACAAGAUGAAACCAUUCAGUUUAAAGCUAUUGCUGCUAUGGCAGAAUUGUUUAAAUGGAAGAAUGUUAUUCUUAUCUGUGAAAACACCGAAGAUGGCAGAGAUAUGGCUAGAUUUAUGACCAAUGCCUUUCAAGUAAAGAGCAUAUCAAUAACAUAUAUGAGCCUUAUUGAAAUAUCUGCUAGCAGUGACCUAGUCCACAAAGAGCUUCAGAAGCUUUUAACUAUGCAAACAAAAGUAUAUGUCACUCAUGUUUCACCUUCUCUUGCAUCCAACUUUUUCUUGAAUGCAAAGCGUCUAGGAAUGAUGGAUGCAGGCUUCAAAUGGAUCAUCACCAGCAAAACUAUGAACUUUUUGAGUUUCAUGGAUGGUGAAACCAUUGAUUCUAUACAAGGUGCAGUGGGUUUCAAAUCAUAUAUACCGCAAUCAAGAAACCUUGACAGAUUUAUUCUCCAAUGGAGGAAGGAAUAUCAUGCUAAGGAGAUCAAUAUUUAUGCUAUUCGGGCAUACGAUGCAGUUUUUAUGCUAGCAAUGGCUGUCGAGAGAACACAUUAUCUUAUUAACGAAAAGACUUUAGAAACAACUGACUCGGCUCAAUGGGGUACAGAACUUCUUAACCAGAUGUUAAGAAUCUCAUUUGAUGGUUUAGGCGGUACUUUUAAACUUAUGAACGGGGUCGUUGCUGUAGAAGGUAUAGAAAUAAUUAAUGUGUGGGGUAAAGAAGAACGAAAGGUUGGCUUUUGGACAUCAAAUGCUGCUUUCACCAAAAUGAUUGAUAAGCUGAAUUCUUUUACUGAUGAUGGCCUAAAAGGCAUCGUGUGGCCAGGAGGUAUGGCGACUAAACCCGAACGUAGAAUGCUGCAAGUGGGUAGCAGACUAAGAAUUGGCAUUCCUGUGAAAUCUAGGAUAGGGAGAUUAUUCGAAGUGAGUUCUGAUGCUCAACACGGAACGAUGGUUACAGGGUUUUGUGCUGAUGUGUUCAUGGCCUCCUUGAAUUCAUUAAACCGCAGUCUACCCUUUGAAUUCAUUCCUUUUAAGAGUAACGCUGAAGUUGGGACUGUAAAUUACAAUGAUUUAUUAGAUCUAGUCCAUGAUGGGGUAUUUGAUGCUGCCAUUGGGGAUAUUACAAUCACGGCCAACAGAUCAAAUUAUGUUGACUUUACAGUGCCAUACACCGAACCUGGGCUUGCAAUAGUUUAUAAAAAUGCCGAUGCAAGCAUGUGGAUCUUUAUGGAACCACUUGGUUCAGACCUUUGGUUUGCAUCUGCUGGCUUCUUUGUUUUACUGGGAUUUGUCAUUUGGGUUCUUGAACACCGGACAAAUGAAGAAUUUCAGGGUUCACCACUACAACAAAUCGGAACGACAUUCUGGUUUGCCUUUUCAACCAUGGUUUAUGCUCAUAGACAGACGCUACAGAGUAACUUGUCAAGAUUCGUAGUCACAGUGUGGUUGUUCGUAGUGCUGGUGCUCGUUUCAAGCUACACCGCAACAUUGAGUUCAUUAUUAACUGUUGAACAAUUCGAAUUAGCAUCACAGAGAGGGUCAAUUGGAUACCAAUAUGGUUCUCCUGUUCGGAGACUCAUCAUUGAAAACUUGAAUUUUAGAGACACUAGGUUAAAGCCAUAUUCAACGCUCUGGGAAUUUGCGGAUGCUUUGACUCGUGGGAGUAAGAAAGACGGCGUUGAUGCCAUUGUUGAUGAAAUUCCUUACAUAAAGGAAUUUCUCGCAAACUAUCCUGAUGGAUACUCCAUGGUCUUGUCUGAUCAAAUCACUAACGGUUUUGGCUUUGCAUUCCCACAAGGUUCACCCUUAGCCCCCGAGAUCUCUAAACAGAUUGUCAAACUACGAGAAGAUGGUAGCUUAAAAGCAUUGGAGAAUAUGUGGCUCAAGCAAGGAUCUCCACCAGUGCAGAAAGUUCUAAACUUCAAAGGGUUGCGUGGUCUAUUUCUUAUCAGCGGGCUCUCGAUGGCAGCUGCCCUUUUCCUAUUCAUGCUUUAUUACAUUUAUGAAAAAGGGAGUUUUCCUUAUGCAAUGCUGGCAGGAGGAAAGUUAGCAUCCAUCAUGAUGUUGAUAAAUGCUAAAACGGCUAAUCCAGAAUGACCAGAAUAAGUACGACUUUGUCACUAUUAGAUAACAAUUUUUAUAAAAUAAGGACUUAGAGUGUUAAUUAUUAAAAUAAAGGUUUAGAGUGUA